AUGUCCAUCAUGAAUACUGUUGCCCUGGUUGGCCUCCUUGCUACCUCUGCUACGGCGCAUAUGAUGCUCCAUUAUCCUCCUACGUUCGGUGCAGAGAACAAUCCUCAUCGCACUGACCCUGUUGACCCCUACCUCGACAACCCCUACAAUUGCUGUGGAAGAAAGACAGUUUAUCCCUGCAGAGGAUACCUAGACCUCCUCGGCACCGAUCAAGGCCGCCCCGUCGUCAGCUGGGAAGCCGGUUCGUCCCAGAGUUUCAGCCUUACUGGAAGAGGAACGCAUUGGGGAGGAUCAUGUCAAGCCGGCUUCAGUACUGACCAAGGCAAAACUUGGAGAGUUGUGAGAAGCUACGAAGGAAACUGCCCCCACCGCGAGGGCUCUAACCAAAACCCGGAGGAACAAACCUUCGAUUUCAAGAUCCCUAGCGACAUGCCUACUGGUGACCACGUAUUUGCCUGGACUUGGUUCAACCGCGAGCAGGAAUUUUUCAUGACCUGCGCUUCCGUGACCAUUACGGAAUCUGGAAAUGGAGGCAACACUUCACAACCUCGAGCCUUCGUUCCUCGUGGCAGCAGUGCUCGCCCAACUCCCGACGAUGACAAGUCCUCAAGCGUCCCUUUCGACCAACUCCCAGAUUUCCUCGUCGCUAACACCGAUAAUGGCUGCAUGACCCCACGAACAAAUGCAGAGGUGAAAUAUCCCAACCCAGGACCUGAUGUCGCCAAGGGUGACGGCGCCUAUCCACUAGAGCUUCCUUCUCCAAUGGAUAAAUGUGGCGCAUAG